AGCGGAUAGUGUCGGAUUUCUGGUAGUGAAAGAAAGGAAAGAACAUUCUUCCAUUGACGCAGCAUCAAGAAAGAUCGCCACCAUCAGCUCGGAGGCAGACCUGGUACCCAAACCCAAAAUAUCCCAGCUUCUGUCCAUGGUGUGUCCCAUGGAGCUAAUGAGAAUGCUAAUGAGGGAUUAUUGAUUUGUCGAAGCUGGGUUCACUUCCGGUGAGCUUCUGUGAAAAGGGGUCUUGGGUUCAAGGAGGAGCGCGGGGGAGAAGUGUAAAUUGCGUUGCGGGGGAAGACUGAUGAAGGAAUUGUUUGGGAGUCCAGGGAAGGCGAGUGGGCUGGGGCUGAGGAUUGGGCAGUUUGUGUUUGCAGCUGCUUCGAUUGGGGUGAUGGUUUCUGCCCAUGGCUUCUUCAACUCCACAGCUUUCUGCUAUCUAAUUGCGUCAAUGGGGCUUCAAGUUCUAUGGAGUUUCGGACUUGCAUGCCUUGAUCUACAUGCAUUGAAAUCAAAGAGAAGCUUGCAGAAUCCCGUAUUAGUGAGCCUAUUUGUUGUCGGCGAUUGGGUGACAUCUAUCCUGUCACUUGCAGCAGCAUCUGCAUCAGCAGGAGUCACGAUUUUGUACGCUCGAGACCUGCACUACUGCAAUGCCACACCUCACUUCCCAUGCAAAAAGUUCCAAAUCGCCAUUGCUUUGGCUUUCAUCUCUUGGUUUCUCCUUGCAGUGUCGUCCCACGUCAUGUUCUGGCUCAUGGCGUCUGUAUGAAGUUUAAAAAUUCACAGAAGUGCGAUUCAUUUUGUAGCUG